UAUGAAAGAGACGUCUUUUGCUAGUAGUCACUCCACCAGAGCCUCUCGGGAGCCUCCCUCAGACACCAGGACACCCCACACUGACUCAGGCUUGGAACGAAGAGACAAAGCUGACUGCCAAAUCUCUGUUUACUUCGCAGUAAGACCUCAGUUUGCCAAAUAUCUUUUUUUAAACUAACAUGGAGCUCCACGGAGUGCAUAAAAUCUUCCAUGCAAACCACUUUGGUGAGGAGAAGCAACAGAUGCUGAACCUGAACCGACGCCUUGAAACCUAUCUUAGUCGGGUCAAACUUCUGGAGGAGGAAAAUGAAAUGCUUGCAAAUGAGAUCAACGUUUUGAGACACAACAACCAGGGAACAUUGACACGCAGGAAGGGCUUAGAGGAAGAGCUGAGACAGGCGAGACUGGAAGUGGAUGCUGCCUGGAGGGACAGGGUCCUCACAGAGGUGGAAGUUCAGAAGCUUAGUGAGGAGAUCCAAGCCCUGGAGCUCCAGAGGCAGAGGGAGGCUGAGGCCAAAAUGCUGGCCAAGACCAAGAUGGAGCAAAGCAGGAAGGAGAUGGAAGAUGAGCAGAGGGCACAGAUUUGGCUCAGGGAGAAGGUCAAUCAGCUGGAGCAUGAAAUGAGAUUCCUUAUCCAAACCCAUGAAGAAGAUGUUGCCCACCUGGAGGCCACAAUGACCCAAUCCAGAGCCAAGAUGAUUCCAAACCUGAUUCAAAGGAGCAAGCAGACACCAGACCUGCUCCAGGUGGGGCAUGAGUUUUCCCAGAGGGCGACCAGAGCUUGGCAGGAGGCCGCAGAGGCCUAUCAGAGCCAGUUAGCUCAGCUGGAGGAGUCUCUUGGUCAGGCCAGGAGUCGUUUGGGUCAAGUUUGCCAGGAGAAACGUGAGAGCCAGCUGAAGCUUCAAACCUUGGAGAAGGAGAUUGCCUCAGCUAAGGAUGUCAGACUACAUCUGGAGAAGGCUGUAGCCCAACGCAGGGAGGAGCACUGUCAUCAGAUCCAGCAGCUCCAGGAACACUUAGAAGAGUUGGAGGUUGAAAAACUGGAAGUGUCCCAGCAGAUAGACGACCUUCUGCAGGAGAACCAGAACCUGAUGAGGCUGAAGAUGUCUCUGGGUCUGGAAGUUGCAACAUACAGAGCUUUGUUGGAUGGCGAGAGCCGUGGACGAGAGGCAGCUUUGUUAAAUAAGCCAAGAAACAUUUCCAUCAGAGAUGCAGUUCAGAUUCCUCAAGGGGUUAAAAGGAAUUACCCGACCCAGCUGUCUCCCAGCUUCAAGACCACUUACCCCUCAUCUGUCCAAGGCAGGACAGAAUCAGCAAUAACUGCAACUCAGAACCUAAGCAGAAGAUCUGCAGCUUUAAGAGAACCCCCAAAGAUUACAAGAAAAGUUGAAGAAGCAGCUGCAGUAACUUCUGCCGCUACAGAAAGUCCCUAUCCAAAAAUAGUUCAGAAUGGAGCAGCUGAAGACUUUAGACCAAAGGAGGUUCAUGAGAAAGUCACCUAUGCUGAGCCUUUAUCUCCUCCUAAUGAGGAAGAGACAUCUGAGAAAAUGUCUGAGGACGAGGUUAAAACAGAUGUAGAAGCAGCGAUUGAGUCUGUUGUCAGUCAUAGAGCUGAGUUUGGUCUCGGCAGGGAGCCGAAUUUAGUGGAGAGCGCUGUUAACCAUCAGCUCUCAACACCCAAUCCUGUAUUAUGCAGUAGCAGAAUGGCAGAACCACCCUGUUACUUCUCAGAUGAAGCUGAAAAUGAUGCAACACUUGAGGUUGAAACUGAACAAGAGAAUGUGCAACAACAAAUGGCUAAACCUGAUGCAUCAACAAAGGUAGAUGAGGUGUUCAAAGAGGUAGUGCAAGAUGAGACUUCAGAUUCAGAAACAGAAGCAAUGCUUGAAGCAACGUCAGAAUCCAGGCCAAGCAGUCCUGAAUCAGAAAGAGAAAAACAAGAAAAUUAUUCUAUCCAAGACAAAGACAAUAGACCUGAUGAAAGCAUGUUGAAUUUUGAUGUGGGAAAAGAGUUUAACAUUUCCAAAGAGGAGACAAAGGGAAGCGAAGAUGAGGAUAAGUUGUAUCCUGAUGGGGAAGAGAUGGAUACAUGGGACAGUGUAAUCGAGAGGAGAGUCAGUGAAGGGAAAGAAGAUGACAAUGUCAGAAAUGAAGGGAAUAAAGACCAUGCUGAGCCAGAGGAGGAUAUAUCAGCAAAAGAACCAGAGUUGGAAAACAGGAACUUCAACCAAUUAGGCAACAUGGCCUCUGUGCUCCAACAAGUAGAUGGAGACCAAGAGCAUGUUCCACCUCCUGACAAAGAAGAUGAAGAGGAUGAAGAGGACUCGCAGAAUGUCUCUGUGUCAUGGAAGACCGAGCGGGAGAGUGACAGCUAUGCUCAGGAAAACACCCUCGCUGACACUCGUCCCCUGAUCCGAUACAAAAGUGACGACACUGACGCCAACACUCAGGCGUCGCACUUCGACGAAAGUGAGUCCAGUGAUGGUGAGCAGGAAAAGAAGGCGGGAGAGGCAGGAACCGGAACAUGGGGUGACGGCAAGCCAAAGACUUUCGGAACAAUGGAGGAUCUUUGUGAAGAGGUGGAGGAAGAGACCGUAGAUGAUGACUAUAAUCUGGGAUAUACUCAUGUGGAAGAAAGGGAUGUUGAGCAAAGUGAAACAGUAUGUGAGGAUCGUGAACUGGUGAAUGAGACAGAAAAUGUUGCAGUUGUGAGUGGCAUAGAGGAACAUUCGGAGGAGGAAACAGAAGAACUUACUGGAGCCACUGUACAAAUGAAUACAGACUAUGAUGAGGAGCUGGACACAGACAGACUAGUGGAACAAGAAUUAGAAAAAUUGUCAACAGAUAGUUACAGUGCUCAUUUUGCACACGAGAAGUCUGGAGAAGAUAUAUUAGAAAUGGAACAAAUAUCCGUGAAGGAAACGGACAAACAAGAAGCUUCAGUUUACACUGCUCACUUUGAGUCUGAAAUUAAAACAAAAUGGGAAUCUACAGAUAUUAAUGAAGUCUCAGAAAGGCAUCCUUUCACCGAUCCAUCGAUGGAAACACAUUCGACAAACAAUUUGACUGAAGAGGCAUUGAAAGAACAAGAAGAAACAGGAAACCCAGCAGUCGAUUCUACCAGUGAGCUUGAAAUAAAGGUUAAUAGUGAGUUUGGACCCUUCACUACAAUCACUGGAGAAGCAACAGAGAGACACCUGUUCAGCGAUCUAUUAGCUGAGAUGCAUUCCACAAAUUAUCUGACUGAGAAGGUACUGAUUGAGCAAACAGAAACUGACAAAGCAACAGUAGAGACAUAUACCAGUGAGCCUGAAAUGAAGGUUAAUAGUGAGUUUGGACCCUUCUCUACAAUCACUGGAGAAGCAACAGAGAGACACCUGUUCAGCGAUCUAUUAGCUGAGAUGCAUUCCACAAACGAUCUGACUGAGAAGGUACUGACUGAGCAAAAAGAAACUGACAAAGAAACAGAAGAGACAUAUAGCAGUGAGCCUGAAAUAAGUGGGGGACAUGAUCAUGUGACUUCCCUGAUAGUUGAAGAUGAGGCUUUAGAGACGCAACACUUUCCUGAACCAUAUGUUAAGAUGUAUUCAGCAAACACUCUGACUGAGGGCGGCACCCAACAUCAUGAUCCAGAAGCUGUAGAUAAAUCAGAGACAAGAGAGGAGGACGAGGAAGGCAAUAAGAUGUCUCAUAUAGAGGCAACCGAACAUCAAUGCAGCCUGGAAGAUGUGUUCAGCAGGUCAGGUGUGGAGGACGUAAAGAACAUACAGGACAGAGGCUCUGUGUUACUGGAAACAGAAGAUCUGAAGCCUCUGGAAGACGUUGAUGCUCCCCCUGAAGUCACUGAGGCGUUACCUGAGGAGGAAAUAUCUGUCGUAGCUCAAGAACAUCACAUUGAAGAUGCUGAGAACGUUCAUAGGUUGGCUAUAGAUGGAAAAACAGCUGAAUGGAAAAAUACAGGAAAGGAAUUUGAAAGGAAUGAUCAGGAAAAACAAGAUCCAAAGAGCGCAGAUGCACCAGAAUUAUCAGAUGAUGACAUCAUCAUACACCAGGAAGAGCCUGUGGAAGUGUCCCCUGACAGAGCCUUGAACGAAAACGAUAUUUUCACAGUGAAGGAUGCAACAGAGAGCAGUUUCCAUGGUCACUUCAGCUCGGAUGGAAAGAAUGACUUCUGGGUGUCCUCCUUGGAGACUGGUGCCACAUACCCACCAGGGGAGGCCUAUAAAGAGGCUGCUGAGGUAACCACUGAUAGUCAAGGAUUUAGUGAAAACAUUGAUGGAGGGAACUUCGAGAACCCAAAGCUCGUUAACGGGAACUCCAAAAUGCAUAUGGACCCAUCUGGCCUGGAUCCCUAUGAAAGAGCAGGAAAUGAUGAGCAGUGAAGUGAAGAAAGCGUUUUGUAGAAACGAAGGAGAGUUAGUCCAUUCAGAGGAAUCAGAUGUUGAGGCUGAAUCUUGGUCAUCUGGGGAAGAGACAGUCUAAAGAACUAGAAAAUCAGCCUUUUAGACGCAAUAGGAAGUCAUCAAGGGGUACAAUGUGGGUUUUCUUGUUGCAUAUGAAACCAAAGUUGCCUUUGUGCUUUUCUUAGAAAAUAAGCAACCAGCCUGUUAACGUCCACUACCUUAAAUGUAAACAGAUAUCUAACAUUUUUCUUUUGUUCUGCUGUCUACAUUGUUCUACCCCUUCUGUAUGCAUGUUAAAAAAGAUGCAUGAGAGAAGAGCAUGUUAAGAGAACAACGUACCAUUUAAAAGUCAAAACAGCCAUUGAUCACUGCCUGUUUGCUAUUGAUCAUUUUGCUGUUUAAUAGAAAUCAAUUAAGGCCAGCUGGCUAGGAUUCCUCGUAGUGCUUCCAUUUCAUAGGAACAACAGUUUCAUUUCCAUUAGCUUACAAAUGACUCGACUUUGCAUGUGUUAUUCAUGUCAUAAGAAUAAUUGAUUGGUUUUUCAUCCCCCUGUAAAAGCUCAUUAAAGCUGUGGUAAACGUAAAGUAGAAAAUAAACUGUAGACUCAU